AUGGCGGCGUCCUCUGGCGGAGGCGACAAGGAAGGCGGUGUCGCCGAGCUGCCGCUCAUCGCGCUGCUCGUGUCCGGAGGCGACGGCUGCGCGCGCCUUGUGCUCGAGCACCUGAAACGACAGCUGCCCGUCGUGGUGUUCGAGGGAAGCGGAGGACUCGCCGACCUGCUCGCAUUCGCCUACCGGGAGGUCCACGAAGAACAAAAGGAGCUGGUGAGCAGCAAAACAGGCAACCAGGCGUCAGUGGCAUGGAGUCCCGCCGUGUGGGAUGCCGAGUUCGUGGAGAACUUCCUGAAACCCGAGCUAGCCUCAAUGCUGUGCCUGCUCUACCCGGCAUACCGAGACAAUGCCUUGGCUCGGAACAUGCUGCGAGACCGCAUCGUCGAGUGUGCCCGGCUCUCCUGCCAGUCUCGCUGUCUAACACUCGUCGACAUCCGAAGCCGCUCCUGUGACCUGACACGCCUUGAUGAGAUCCUACUGAAUGCGUUCUUCAAAGCCCAAAGGCCCGAGAGGGUAUUGCGGUACAACCAAAUGAAGAAGGACCUCAUGCUCACCAUCGACUGGAAUUGUCCUGACGUGGCAAUGUCACAGGUCUUCUUGAAGGACCCGUCUUGUAAAUUUCAGGUGGACCGAGACAUCUUCGAAGAGGCCCUGAUACGUCCUGGCCGCGAAGAGUUUGUGCUGAUUUUUCUGGAGCGGGGCUUUCGUGUCCACAAAUACCUGACGCCCCGUAGGCUCAAGCAGCUCUUCAAGAAAGUUCAGGGAGAGCAGUUCUUCCGAUCCGUCUGCUGGGAGGGCGCCCUGGGACGCAGCCCCUUCUCCAAGCUGGGGAAGCACUUUGUUGACACUGAGCUGAACUGGCUGAUUGAGACUCUGACCGGCCUGCACAACUUUGUGGACAGCCAGGAGCUGUCCAUGAAUGCAGCAGGCAUCUACACGUUGGACCCUGGGGCAGCCGAGCGCAAAGCUCUGGCCCUGUUGGCAUUGUGGUGUGCGUUCACGCAGCGCACUGCACUGGGCAGGCGCCUGUGGCAGUGUUGUGACCAGCCCAUCCACCUGGCACUGCUGGUGUCCAUGACGUACGGACGGCUAGCCAACCUAGUCCACGAGGGCAACACCAAGAAGGACCUGUCGGAUGCUUGCGAGGAGUUUGCGAGCAUGGCGACAGGCGUGCUGGACUGCAGUUACCAGGAGGCCACGUGUCGGGCAUACGACGUGCUGAGUGAGGAGAACCCAGACUGGGGACAUCGCACGGCUGUGGACAUUGCCGCACAGGCCAACAACCGCAAGUUCCUGGCCCACCCGUGCUGCCAGCGCUGGAUCACCAAUCUCUUCAUGGGCCGCAUCAGUGUGCGGGACCUCACUUGGGGACCCCUGGCAGUGCCCAUGUGGCUCAAGGUGUGUGCCUCAA